AAAUGUGGUUUCAUUUCAAGAACAGAAUAGAAGAAGAAGGGGAGAGAGAGAAUCGAAUAUGGGAUGCGAUGCUUUUCCACGCGCGAAACUGAUGGAAUGGAAUUGGAAAACUGACGAUUCUGAGUGAAUUUCGUGCGCAACAGUCGCUAAACGCUACCUUGUCCAGAUUCAUUCGUUUCUUCUUCUUCUGUAUUGCCCCUUCUAUCAAUCUUCUCUCUUCUGCGUUUUCUUUCCUUUUUCUCUUCUGGGUGUUGCUUUUCUCAUCUGGGUAUUGUUUUCCUCAUCCGGGUACUUGAAUCUGGACUUGACGGAGAGUGCUGGAUGAAAUGUCAAGCCAGAUGCUUUUAAUGGUGUCCUCUCGCCCCCCUGCCCUUAGGUACAGAAAAUAAGAUCAAUACACUCAAAUGUCUGCUGUGGGAAAUGGAAACAAUAUUUUCUGGCACAAUUGUCCUGUCGGAAAGCCUGAAAGGGAGAAGCUUCUAAACCAAAAAGGCUGUGUUGUAUGGAUCACAGGCCUCAGUGGGUCAGGGAAAAGCACUGUAGCUUGCUCAUUGAGUAGAGAGCUUUAUGCGCUAGGGAAAAUUUCUUAUGUCCUAGAUGGAGACAAUCUUCGGCAUGGAUUAAACAAGGAUCUAGGUUUUAAAGCUGAAGAUCGUGCUGAAAAUAUCCGCAGAGUUGGGGAAGUAGCAAAACUUUUUGCUGAUGCGGGUUUAAUAUGCAUUGCUAGUUUGAUAUCUCCAUAUAGAAGAGAUCGGGAUUUCUGUCGUCAAUUAUUGCCCGAGCCAAACUUCAUUGAGGUCUUCAUGAACAUGCCUCUAGAAUUAUGUGAGGCAAGAGAUGCAAAGGGCCUUUACAAACUCGCCCGAGAGGGGAAGAUCAAAGGUUUUACAGGGAUCGAUGACCCCUACGAACCGCCUCUGAACUGCGAGAUUGAACUAAGGCAGAAUGAUGGAGUUUGCCCAACCCCAUGUGAUAUGGCGAAGCAGAUAGUGACUUUCUUGGAGGAGAAAGGAUUUCUUCAAGCUUAGUGACAACCUCUGCUUGCAGAAUAUCUCCAAUUGUUGCCUCGACCACCCCGUUGGCUUCAUCAAACAAUCCAAUCUCUGAUGGCAAAUGUUUUAAAGAAUAGACUGAUAGGUAAUCGGUACAUAAUAUACAAUGAGGUUCCUAGAACAAGGAAUACAAAAUGUAAUUUUAGAUUUUUUUUAUUUUUAUUUUUUGAAUGUAAAUCUGGUAUCUCUGAAAAGAAGUAUUAUGAUAGAGAUAGAGGACCUUGAUUUUGUGAAAUUGCACACUCAUUCUUUCUGUUAAGCAAUGUAACGUAGAUAUGAAGUCAUAUUGGAAA